AAAGGCACAUUCAUUGAAGCACAAGCUCGCCCAUACGCGUUGCACGCGGUUCUUUUAAACAAUUGUCGCGCUUCUGUUAUCACAACAUCACCCUCCUGCUGAGGCACCAUAUCCCAAGAUGGCAACGCCACCCAAGGGUUUCAUAGACCUUGCGUCUGCGUACAAAACACCCGAUCAGACCUUUGUCAACAUCAUUGGCGUUGUUGUCGACCUCAUGCAGCCGAUGCUGACAAAGACUGGCCAGCAUACCAUCAGCUUUCGGCUCCUGGACUACAGACUUUCUAUGGCAGCUGAAGGUGCGCAAGGACUCACGUGUAGAUCCUUCAUUGAUGAUCCCGAACAUCUGCCCAAAGUGCGAAACAUCGGGGACGUCGUACUCUUUCGCAACAUCAAAAUGAUGACGUUUGAUUAUUCGCGAGUAGCUGUGACCAACUGGACAACGGGCUGCAUUGUCUUUCCUGGAGCCGCCAUUCCGGACAAAAGUUUUGCCAUUGCAUACGUGAACAAUCAGAAGCUUGAACGCUUAGGCAUACCAAAGGAUGUCGACAACUUCAACUUGCAAGAGCAAGAUUAUGUUAUCCGCAUCAAGGAAGACAUGAAGCCUCGAGUGAACCAAUCGCUUGGCAAGAUGGCAACCCGCCCUCUGCCUCAGGACAGCACUACGGAAGUCUCUGCUGCCAAACGUGCGAGGACUUCGGGUGGACCAUACGGGUUUGGGCCCAAAUUCAGCCUGAUCGAAGAUCUUCGAGAUUGGCAAUUUGCAGACUUGGUAGGCUUCGUAGUGAAGUGCUAUCCUGCGCAAUACGGGGGCUGCGAUCUUUAUAUCUCAGACUACACUGCGAAUGAGGCACUGCGACCUUAUGCGGCACCAGAACAAGAAGGAGAAAUUUCUCGUGAGCGUGAUGGAGACGCGUUCGGCUACAGCGAAGUUGCGAUGAAGAACUGGCCGGGCCCGUAUGGUCAUCUCGUCAUGAAGAUUAACGUCAAACCACCACAUGCUGCAUUCGCUGCCAACAACGUGAAAGAAGGAAACAUUGUUCAUUUGAGGAAUGUCAAGAGGAGGAUAUCGCCCAUUGGUGGGUUUCUCGAAGGCGACAUGUGGCCAGACAAUAGAGAUCCCGAUCAGAUCAAAAUCCGCUUAGUUCGAGAUACUUCGGGGCCCGACUGUCAGUCCAUGAUCAAGAGGAAGGAGAAGUACUGGGUGACGCGCGAUACUCGGCUUCUUCAGAAUGCCCCAGUGCAAGCAGGUGUGCCACAGAAGAAAUCCAAGACCGCUAAGAAAAGGGAGAAGGAGAUGGAGAAGAAGGAGAGGAGAGAGAAGGCAAAGGCAAAGGCGACCAGGACUGAGGAUCACAAUCAGCAUAUUCGGUGCAUGCACGAAGAAGGACUAUCAGUGAUGAAAGUGAAGGACAUCAUUGACGAAGAGAAUAGAUGGCAUGCCAAUGAAACCCCGGAAGGACUGCGGUAUCCCUUGCCAUUCAUCAAUGCAAGGUACUGUGCGAACGUCCGUGUCGUUGACUACCAACCCACGGCGCUCGAAGACUUCGCAGUGCUCGACACAGGUGGCGAUAGCGGCUCCCAUCCUGAUUUGUGGACUCUCGAGGGAUCUCCCAAGUACGAGUGGGCGUUCUCCCUCUUGCUUGAGGAUGCGUCCAGUUCGAGAGAGUCAGCAGAAGAGAAUCGUGUAUGGGUACAUGUGCAGCACGAUGAGGCACAAUUCCUACUCGGCGAUGUGCCUGACCCAGACGACCUGCGGCACAGACCUGGAUUGCUGAGACAGCUCAAAGAGAAACUAUUCAUUCUGUGGGGCAAUCUCGAGGAGAAGGGCGAGGGAGAUGCGCUCAGCAACAAAGCUUUUCGGUGCUGCAUUGAAGAGUAUGGCAUUGAGAUGGACGAAGAUAUCUCCAGCGGGCAUAGCGGUGCUGGAAGCUGUAAGCGCUGGCUGCGCAUGCACAGAAUGUUUGGGGUUACGAUUUCUUAGGUAGCGUGCAGUUCACCUUUAGAUCCC